AUGCAGGCCUUCAUCCUCGUGAUUUUGUGCCUGGUGUUCAAUACUCGACUGAUCUGUGCCUUGAACCAGGAGUUGUACUUCUGCGAGCACUACGCUGGGCAGGGAAUCCUGACUCGGGAGAUUCAGGCUUCACGUUGUGGCAAGGGCUACAGUGCUCCAGCUGGGACUGUGCUGGUUUCGCUUCUGUGUGUGGCUAUGCAAGCUACGUGGGUUCUCGAACAGCCAGGGUCCUCCCUGAUCUGGCGCCAUCCAAGAUUCCAGACUUACACCGAAAGUUUCGGGAAGCACAUGGCCAAGCUGCUCCGAAGCUUCAAUGCCUCCCCGGCCCUUCGCCCAGUUUCGAUGGUGGAUGCCUCGGUCGUUCAGAGGCUUCAGAACUUAGAUAUGGAAAUGGAUGAUUGGGCUGAUGCUGGGCUUCGCGAUGUACUUAAGUACCUUUAUGGAGCCAAAGGCUUGGUUAUUCCUUUCGAAUGGAAGGGCCACAACGUGUUUUGCUUCCGAGCUCGCUGUUCGGUGCUCGUGAACGCCAUGGCCCUGAAAAGGGAUUGCCAUUCGGCAGCCACUUUGGCAUCCGGUGUUUCCUUCUUGCUGCGUGCUGCUUCGGAGGGUGAUAUUGAUAAGCUGAAAGAUGUGGCCCAGGAGCUGCAAGCGGCCAUCAACAUUGCCUCCGCUGAAGUGAAGACGGAGCCCGGGACAGAGUCGCAGCUGCGAGAGCUGAAUCUUCUCAAGGAGCUGCUGAACAAGCUUGCUCAGCUGCAAGCUGCCUUCCUAGAGCAGAAGAUGGAGCUCAACCAGCUUCGCAACACCCAGGGCCAGGAAUCCACGCCGCAGCCUGCGCAGAAGAGCCAGCAGCAGCCUGCUGGAGAUCCUGGCAAGGCUGUAGCUCGGGUGGAGGCAACCCCUCGAGGCUCCAAGAGAGCCUUGCCGGCAUCCCCGGCCAAGAGUCAGACAACGGCGGCAACGAAAACCCCCGACUCGAAGAAGCAUGCCAAUAGUGGGACCACGAUGGGUACGAAAAGCCCCGACUCCAAGAAGCAGGCUACGCAGGACUCCGAUGACGAUGAAGCCCCUCGUGUGAUUCAGUUCAAGGACCUCUCUAAACCGGAGAAAGAAAAAGUUCGGCGGAUCUGCUCGCCUAAGAAGGGCUCUGGCAACCUUGAAGUGCCAGAGAAUGUGUUCCAGAUGUGGCAAGAUGUGGCCAAAGGCAGAGAUACACUUUUCCGGAUGUGGUGCAAGUCCGGAGGGGUCAAGGCUGUCUUCAUGGAAUCUUUGACUAUCAUGACUCGAUCUCGACGAUCCAAGAAGCUGGAAGUUAAAGGUGGCUUUUAUAGCCGAGAAGAUAUGCGGAGCCGCAUCGAGAAGAUCGUCGCCUGGGCUGAGAAGAAAGGUCUUGUUCGGACAUGUGAGUACGAUGAUGAGACCCUCGAGUACUGGGUCAACACGAGAACCUCCGGGACAUUGACCAAAGAGGACUUGGAGGAAAUGCGGCACGAAAAGAAGUACGAAGGUGAGAAUGAGGGUGACCUGGAGAUGGUCCCGAAGGUCAACACCGAUGGCUUCGACUUCUCCGACGAUGAUCCAAUGGUGCACCGGAACCCGAAGAAUCUUGAAGGAGAUUGCCACAAAAGUGCCUCCUGGAUUCUGCUUUGCACGAUUGCCAACCUGGUUGCAUCACAGAUGAAGGAGUACACGAAGCAUGUGCUCAAGGCUAAGAACUCCCUGGAUACGAUGCUCGAGAAGAUCCGUGAGUUCGACACUCUCUAUGAUGAGAUGUCGGACGCGAAGGCCGAAGGCAACACGACGGGAUACUCCGAGAAGCUACCGACUUGCUCUGUUACCCCCGUGAUCAGCGAGCAAGUCUACUUGAUUGCUGUGAAGUACGGCAAAGGCGCCGGGUCCCCGGCCCAUAUGUCCAUUCGUUUCUGGAAGCUCGUUGUUUGCCGAGUAGAACUGCUGGCCAUGCUGGAGAUGCUGGAAGUUCCCGCCUCCAUAUUUUGCAUACUGUGUGGCUACAAGUGCUGCGCAGCGCAAGCCGUGCCUGCCAAAGACCUCGUCAUCGACGCGCGGGCGGCAAAGAAGAGGGAUCCUUGCGAGCUGUUAGCAAAGAUUGCAAACAUAUCCUUGUCAAGUGCUGAUGAGCCACUGUUUGCACUGCUCUGCAAACAUGGGCUUACUUUGCCGAUUGGGUUAAGUUGGACAGCGGCUGGCAGCAUCAACAGGUACCCGUUUCUCAGCCCCAAAACAACACUGGAAGUUUUGAGUCGUCAGGGCUACUUCCAUCGAGUGACGGGGGUACCUGUGCACCUAGUACAUGAAACACUUGGUUUGUUUUGGAAAAAGUUUCGAGCUGUGCACCCUCAGCACAGUGUAUUCGACAACUCUGACAAUCUGGACUUCGAAAGGCUGAUCCCUUACUACUUGCAUGGAGAUGGUGGCCGUGGCUACAAGAAGGAUCCGAUCGAGAUAUUGUCCAUGUUUCCGGCGCUUGGUAGUGGGUCCAGGGGGGCACCUUGUGACUUAAGUUCGAAGCGACCUGCACAGACUGACAUCAAGCUCGGCAUCAACCUGCAAGGAAACUCGGGGGCCACUCGGUUCCUGUUUGGUGUGGUGAGCAGCUUGGUGGCGAAAACUGAUCCUCAAAUCUUCGAUGAUCUUGUGGCGAAAUGGAGUGACAGCUUGAGGUCACUCUUUCAUGACGGCUUUCAGGCUGCUGGGUCCACGUGGCGGGUCAUGAUUCUCGGAUUCACUGGUGACUCCCCGUUUGUCAAGAAAAUCGGCAAGACCACUCGGUCCUUUCAUAAUGUUCGGAAGUUUUUCUCUUCAAGGAAGCCCCAGAAGGGAUGCUGCUGGUUAUGUCAUGCAGGCCACGAAGAACCGGAGCAGGGCAUAGCUAUUCCUUUUGAGCAUCUGGGUUUGUUCGAGCCUGAGUGGUUGAAGACUUGUCGCUUGCAGAACCCAUUGCCCUGGGUUGGCAAUGGUGGUGCAAUUCUGCAUCACAUGCUCUUCGACAAGGCGGACACACCGGCAAGCUUUUUCAGGCCUGAUCUGUUCCACAUAUUUCAUGCAGGGGUAGGACAAGACUUUACGGCAAGCGCCUUGGUCUAUUCUAUGAGGGAGCUUUAUGCACAGCGCGGGGUCGCCAGAAACCUCGAGUGUCUGAAUGCCGACUUGCGCACUUGGAUGCAGAGCUCACGCAAAAGGCUGCACUGUGGUUUUUUGACUGAAGAUCUGCUGGGCUAUAGCUCAACGCGAGAGUUUCCAGAGGGGAAAUGGUCAAAGAAUUCAGACACUUCCACCAUUGUCAAGUUCGUGAUACACCUUCUCCAACGUCCGGACUAUGCGUACAAGGUUGCAGGCGACCCCAUUCUUCAAGAGAUUUUGGAAUGUGCUUUGGCAAUGGGUCGUGUUUUCAGGUCUUGCUUUCAGGCCGAGUUCUUCAUGGCAAGUGCUGACUGCAUAGUGGUGAUCGAAAGUGGCCAUCGAUUUCUGACUGGUUACGCCAGUCUCGUUUCCAUGUGCCUUUCUCAGGAGUUAUGCUUAUUCAAGCUGCGGCCCAAGACCCACUACCUGAACCACGUUAUUCUGAGGGUCUACGAGGAAUACCGACAAAGUGGGACAGCAACCAAUCCCUGUGCUGAAUCAACAUUUAUGUCUGAAGAUUUUGUUGGAAGGACAGCAAGAAUCAGCCGCAGGGUGAGCCCUAGAUCAGUGGCUUUGAAAACCCUGCAGAGAUACUUGCUAUUCAUGAAAACAGCAUUGGAUAAAGAAAGCUUCGAGAUGCUCGAUCUCUCAUGGCUCGACUGA